AUGCAAUUAUCCUGGAAAGAUAUCCCAACAGUGUCCCCUGCAAAUGACUUGCUAGACAUUGUUCUUAACAGAACUCAAAGAAAGACUCCAACCGUCAUCAGACCUGGUUUUAAGAUUACCAGAAUCAGAGCCUUUUACAUGCGUAAAGUGAAGUUUACUGGUGAAGGUUUUGUGGAAAAAUUCGAAGAUAUUCUAAAAGGUUUCCCCAAUAUUAAUGAUGUCCACCCGUUCCACAGAGAUUUAAUGGAUACCUUAUACGAGAAGAAUCAUUAUAAGAUUUCGUUGGCCGCUGUCUCUCGUGCUAAGUCUCUAGUAGAACAAGUCUCCAGAGAUUACGUUAGAUUGUUGAAGUUUGGUCAAUCUCUUUUCCAAUGUAAACAAUUGAAGAGAGCUGCUUUAGGUAGAAUGGCUACUAUUGUCAAGAAAUUGAAGGAUCCAUUGAAUUAUUUGGAACAAGUUCGUCAACAUAUCGGGAGAUUACCAUCUAUUGAUCCAAACACUAGAACUCUAUUGAUUUGUGGGUAUCCAAAUGUUGGUAAAUCUUCAUUCUUAAGAUGUAUCACUAAGGCUGAUGUGGAAGUUCAACCAUAUGCGUUCACUACGAAGUCUCUUUAUGUGGGUCAUUUCGAUUACAAGUAUUUGAGAUUUCAAGCCAUUGAUACCCCAGGUAUCUUGGAUAGACCAACUGAAGAAAUGAACAAUAUUGAAAUGCAAUCUAUUUAUGCUAUUGCUCAUUUACGUUCUUGUGUCUUAUAUUUCAUGGAUCUUUCAGAACAGUGUGGUUUCACUGUGGAAGCCCAAGUUAAAUUAUUCCAUUCUAUUAAGCCAUUAUUUGCCAAUAAAUCCGUUAUGGUUGUCAUCAACAAGACUGAUAUCAUUAGACCUGAAGAUUUGGACGAAGAACGUGCUGCUUUACUAAAAACUGUGGAAGACACCGCUGGUGUAGAAAUUAUGACUUCUUCUUGUCAAUUAGAGGAAAAUGUCAUGGAAGUCAGAAAUAAAGCUUGUGAGAAAUUAUUAGCCUCCAGAAUUGAAAAUAAAUUGAAGUCUCAAGCUAGAAUUAACAAUGUCUUGAAUAAAAUCCAUGUGGCACAACCACAAGCUAGGGAUGAUAUUCAAAGAAGUCCAUAUAUUCCUGAUUCUGUUAAAUCAUUGAAGAAAUAUGAUCCAGAAGAUCCAAAUAGAAGAAUGUUGGCUAGAGAUGUGGAAGCCGAAAAUGGUGGUGCAGGUGUUUACAAUGUUAACUUGAAAGAUAAAUAUCUAUUGGACGAUGACGAAUGGAAGAAUGAUAUUAUGCCUGAAAUCUUGGAUGGUAAGAAUGUUUAUGAUUUCUUAGAUCCUGAAAUUGCAGCCAAGUUGCAAGCUCUAGAAGAAGAAGAAGAGAAAUUAGAAGCCGAAGGGUUUUACAAUUCUGAUGAUGAAGAAGAAACCUUUGAUGGAUUUGAAGCUGACGAGGUUGAUGAUAUUAAGAGCAAAGCUGCUUGGAUAAGAAAUAAACAGAAGACGAUGAUUGCUGAAGCCAGAAAUAGAAAGUCAUUAAAGAAUAAAGCCAUUAUGCCUCGUUCUAAACUCUCUAAAUCUUUUGAUAAAAUGGAAAAGCAUAUGGCUACGUUAGGUCAUGACAUGACCUCGUUACAAGAUAAGCAAAGAGUUGCCGCUGGUAAGAAUAGAUAUUCUGAGUCUGGUGCAGACGUUGUGUUUGGUGCUUCUGAAGCUAGUGAAUCCAAUGCCAAUGGUACCAAAUUGAGACAAACAGAUAGAUUACUGGAUGGUGUUGCCGAUGGUUCAAUGAGAUCUAAGGCCGAAAGAAUGCUUAAAUUACAAAGAAGAGAAAGAAACAGAAUGGCUAGAAUCGGUGAAGCUGAUAGACAUGAAACUGCCUCACUACCAAAACAUUUGUUCAGUGGGAAGCGUGGUUCUGGUAAAACUGAUUUCCGUUGA